AUGUCCUGGCUAGUAGACCUGGCCGGUAAGGCCGAAGAUCUGUUGAAUUUGGUGGAUCAGGGAGCGGCGACCGCACUAAGCCAGAGCAAAGAGGCCGAGGCCGAAGCCGCGGCCGCCCUGAUCAGCUCCGGUGACUACGCCGCCCAUCUUCCGGACAAGCAGAAGGAGAAACCCCCGACCUACACCAAGUCCGGCUUCAUCUCAUCCGCCGCCGACAACAUAAAGAACCAGAAGGCGACGCUGCUCGCCGGCACCGCCAAUGUAAAAUCCAUCAGCAGGGCCAGUACAGAGUCCUCCCUCAGCGCCGCCACGCAGAGGACCUCCAGCCACUUCGUACGGAGGAAGAAGUCGGAGCCGGAUGAUGAGCUGCUCUUCAAUUUCCUCAACAGUUCGGAUAAAGUGCACAAUGGCGCCGCUGAGUCCAGAAAGGAAACCAGCAGGGAGGCGAGCGGGCAAACGGCGCCCAGCAACUCCAACAGUGCCAAGAUCACCCGGAGCGCCUCUCCUAAGACUCAAACUAGAACCACAGGUGAACUUUUUUCUCUUUUUUUUAUUUUUUGCCUUCCCCCCCUUCCGCCUGCAGACAACACUCGGGAAGAUAAAGUCCAGGACAGCAAAGCCUCAGACACGUCCUCCACCUCCAGCCAUAGUAAUGGAGACCAGAAAUCCCACGAACUGUCCAAUCUCCGUCUGGAGAACCAGCUGCUCAGAAAUGAGGUCCAGUCGCUGAACCAGGAGAUGGCGACGCUGAUCCAGAGAUCUAAGGAGACCUACGAAGAGCUGAAUGACGCACGGACACGGAUAGAGAAGUGGAAUGGAGACAAUUCCAAGAGCGACAGAACGGUGAGAGAACUCUGCGCCCAGGUGGAUGAUCUGACAGAGGCAGCAGCUGCCAAGGACUCCCAGUUAGCGGUGCUGAAGGUGCGGCUUCAGGAAGCUGACCAGUUACUGAGCAGCCGCACAGAGACUCUGGAGAUGCUGCAGAGUGAGAAAUCCAGGAUUAUGGAGGAUCACAAUGAAGGAAGUAGCCUUCACAACCAGGCCUUGCACAGUGUGCAGGAGAGGCUGCGGGAAGUAGAGGCCACACAGAAACGAGAACAGGACGGCUACAAACAGAUGCAGAAUGAAUUUUCUGCUCGCCUCAGCAAGAUGGAAGCGGAUCGUCAGAACCUGGUGGAGUCGGUAGUGGCCGCUGAGAAGAAGUGCAUGGAGGAGAAGAGGAGGUGCGAUGAUAUGCAGCAGCAGCUGAAAGUCGCAAAGGCUGCAGCAGAAUCUUUAAAGCAGGAAAUGAUGGAUUACAAGCAAAAGGCAACUCGCAUACUACAGUCCAAAGAGAAACUGAUCAGCAGCCUGAAAGAGGGCUCAGGUGUGGAAGGGUUGGAUAGCCAUAUAGCCAGCAGCAUGGAGUUUGAGGAGAUGAGACACGAGAGAGACAUGCAGAGGGAAGAGAUCCAGAAACUUCUGUCUCAGAUUCAGCAGCUAAAAGCCGAGUUACAGGAUCUGGAGUCUCAACAAGUAAGUGAAGCAGAAACAGCGAGGGAGCAGAUGAAUGAUCUGCAAGAGCAGAUGGCGGAGCAGAGGAGGGGGAAGCAGGAACUGGAGGCUGAACUGGAGCGCCAGAAACAGGAACUGCAAUAUACACAGGAGGAUUUUCACAGGACCAAGAAUACACUUCAAGGGAGAAUCCGAGACCGGGAGGAUGAGAUCCAGAAACUCAGAAAUCAGCUUACUAACAAAGCGCUGAGCAGCAGCAGUCAGACAGAGCUGGAGAACCGGCUGCACCAGCUGACCGAGACCCUGAUCCAGAAACAGACCAUGCUGGAGAGCCUGAGCACCGAGAAGAACUCGCUGGUCUACCAGCUGGAGAGGCUGGAAAUUCAGCUGAAGAGCGUGCAGGGAAGCGGAGCGGCCGCGUCUGCCAUCAACAUGUCCGCCGUGGACAGCGGAGAUGGUGCCCGUCUAAGAAGCGUCCCAGUUUUGUUCAGCGACUCUGACACAAAUGUAGCCGGCAUGUACGGGAGGGUCCGGAAGGCUGCGACCACCAUAGACCAGUUCAGUAUCCGUCUAGGUAUAUUCCUGAGAAGAUAUCCUAUUGCUCGAGUAUUUAUUAUUAUUUAUAUGGCGCUCCUGCACCUCUGGGUGAUGAUUGUACUUCUGACUUACACCCCAGAAAUGCACACGGAUCACCCCACCGGGAAAUAGUCGUGAGGUUCCCACUUCUUCCUCGGCGUUGCUGCAGUUAUUCAGCUGUUUUAGGACUGAUGCUUUAUAUCAUAGCUGCGGAGCUUCAAGCUAGCCUGGGCAACGGAUCACUUUCCUCUCACCCCUGCACACUAUGAUCUACAGACCUUUCCUCCUAGAACCGGCACAAGAAAAGAUUUUAUU